AAAGGACGAUUUCUGUGGAAUAAAAAAGCGACUCCAUUUUGUGGGGAGGUUGUUUGCUGUUUACUCGCGUUCAGACAAGGAAGCGUUUCGUCCUUUCUCCGUAAAACAAAAGAAGACUCUGAACAUGAGUGGUUGUCGUAUCUUCAUCGGUCGCCUGAACCCCUCGGCCCGGGAGAAGGACGUGGAGAGGUUCUUUAAAGGGUACGGCCGCAUCCGAGACAUCGACCUCAAGAGGGGCUUCGGCUUUGUGGAAUUUGACGACCCCAGGGACGCGGAAGAUGCGGUCUAUGAGCUUGAUGGCAAAGAGCUCUGCAACGAGAGGGUGACCAUUGAGCAUGCCCGUGUGCGUCUGCGUGGUGGGCGCGGCAGGGGUGGCGGAGGUGGAAGUGGUAGCGAUAGAGGAGGCGGAGGAGGACGCUUCCCUGAUCGCUAUGGCCGGGGUUCCCAGGAUGGUCGCAGUCGGAAUCCUCCUCCGAUGCGGACGGAGAACCGUCUGAUCGUGGAGAACCUGUCGUCACGGGUCAGCUGGCAGGACUUGAAGGAUUUCAUGAGACAAGCAGGGGAGGUGACGUUUGCAGACGCCCACCGGCCCAAGCUCAACGAAGGGGUGGUUGAGUUUGCCUCUUACAGCGACCUGAAAAACGCUCUUGAAAAACUGUCUGGCAAGGAAAUCAAUGGAAGGAAAAUCAAGUUGGUUGAAGCAGCCAAAAAGAGGUCCCGGAGCCGCUCCCGCUCCAACAGCUCUUCGCGUUCCCGUUCCCGCUCCCGUUCCCACGGGCGCUCCCGCUCCCGCACGCCGCAGGGCUCCCGUUCUCGCUCCCGCUCCCGCACGCCCCGGCCGUACAAUCGCUCCCGCUCCGGAUCACCUCGAGGUGGGUCCCCGCGGAGAGGUGGGUCCCCGCGGAGAGGUGGGUCCCCACGAGGAGGGUCCCCACGCAGAGCUUCCCCACGAGGAGGGUCCCCACGCAGAGCUUCCCCACGAGGAGGGUCCCCACGCAGAGCUUCCCCACGAGGAGGGUCCCCACGCAGAGCGUCCCCACGGGGAGGUUCCCCUAGGGCAGGGUCUCCACGGAGAACGUCCCCACGCGGAGGGUCUCCACGGAGAGCAUCACCUAGAGGAGGGUCCCCACGAGGAGGCUCCCCACGCAGAGUGUCCCCUCGGGGAGGGUCCCCACGCAGGGCAUCACCUAGAGGAGGGUCCCCACGGAGAGCGUCCCCUCGGGGAGGGUCCCCACGCAGGGCAUCACCUAGAGGAGGGUCCCCACGGAGAGCGUCCCCUCGGGGAGGGUCCCCACGCAGAGCGUCCCCCCGGGGAGGGUCCCCCCGCAGAGCGUCCCCACGGGGUGGAUCCCCACGAGGAGGGUCCCCCCGCAGAGCGUCCCCGCGGAGAGGGUCCCCGCCCUCGGCCGUCCGUGCCGCCUCCAAGGAGCCGGCGGUCAAGCGCUCCACCUCCGUCACCAACAACAAGGCCGGCGAGACGGCCGCCCCUCACUCCCCCCCACCCGCCCAGCGAGCCUCGCGCUCCAGGUCCCGGUCCAGGUCCCGGUCCCACUCUCGAUCCCGGUCCAGGUCCCCGUCCCCCGAUGGCCGGCGCUGAGCGGACCGGCCUACCCCACACUCUGUCACAUGCACACAUACGCGCUCCCACUCGUUCAUCCACUGUCCAAGGAAUUGUCAUCACAGCCUCCUCCAGUCAGUGCGGCUCUUUGUCACAGUUUGUAUUUACUGGCAGCUGUAGCGUUAUGGUCUGUUGUGGCGAUACGGGGGGAGCAAGGGCGUGGAAGAACACUGAAUACACUCACCCAUCACCCUGCAACACAUAGAAACUCACACACUCGCGCGCACACACAUUUUUAUUGAUGGUUCCGCUUUCAGGGACUCGAUGAGGCCAGAUGUUGAUGAGCGAUGCGCUUCGGUUACUUAGAAUGGAACUUUCUUCCUGUUUUUUGUUCACCCCACCCCCCCAAUUGUGCUCAGAGGUCCAGUAGAGAGGAUGUAGGCUUACAUCCCACCUUGUCUCUGCCCCUUCCGUUGAGGUUCCAUACAAAUGUGUGGGCCUGAUUUGACUUUUUUUGUUUCUUUUUCAUGAUCUAUCAAUGUAUGGUCAUGGUGUCAUUAAAAGUAGAAACCAUGCAUUUGCUUUGGAUUUUUGUAUAUUUCUAUUUGUACUCUGACAUUUUUUUAAUUUACGAAUACGGUCCGAGCUCUUUCAUGUCGAAUUCUGUGCAUGUUUCCAGUUGUACUUGGCAAAGGUUGGUCCGAAAAAAAAAGUGGUUGGAUUAAAUGUAUUUGACUUUUC